UCAAUGUAUACACAAUUUAAGUUGCAUAUCUAUAAAUCAAAACAACUUAAUAGAUAUUAAACACAAUUUUUUGUAGAUAUGAUUCGAAUCAAUAUAGAGAUUUAACACAAAAAAAAAUUAACAACAAUAAUGUUAUAUAAUAAUAUGAUUGAAAGCCAAAAAAAUGGUCAAAGUUGAAUUUUUUUUUAAGCAAAAGAGGAAUUCAAAGACAAAUAAAAAUAAAAAUUACCAAUUAAAAUGAUUUCAUUUUUUGUUUGUUUACAGCCCGUUUUUUUAUAAAAAAUUUAUAAGUUUUAAUUUUUUUUUUGUCAAUUUGUUUCACUAUUUUAUUUCACUAUUUUAUCAUAUGAAAUUUACUUAUUCUGUUUUUUGACUAAUAUUUAUAUAAUAUUUAUAGAAAACAUUAUUUUACUAAUUUUUCGAGUACACUUCACUUUUUUUUUAUAAUACUUUUCUAACAGUCUAAAUCUAUAUUUUUAAAAAAUGUUACAUCGUGGACUCGAACUUGCGAUUUCCUAAAUUGCCUGACUACUAAUUUGACAAGCUACAAACAAAAAUAAUUUAAUGUUCCAUUUAUUGUAUUAGCAUAAUUUCUCUGUAUAUAUACAUUAAUUCUUCAGCAAGCUUUAUUGUAAUUAGUUUGUUUUAUAAAAUUAAAAUACUAUGAGGAAGCAGUACCUGAGGAAUUGAUGUAGAUUACAAUUUCUGUGUCUACUGCUUGUCCUUGGUAUUUUAUUUAUCUAUAAAUAUUAAUUACUGGCAAGCCUAUAAUUUAUUUUUCAAUCCUCUCCUCCAAGCAUAUUUUCUUAUUCUUGGAAUUUUAAUUACGGUUGAUUGAAAAAAUGUAAAUUUUACAUAAUAAUAUGACAAUAGAGUCGAUAAACAAAUUUUCAAAUUAAUUUUUAUCUCCAUCAAGUAUAAAAAUAAUAUUAACACAAAAAAAAGGAAGUUUUACACAAAAUUCGUAUAUAAUGUUUUUUGUUCUUGGAAAUGACCAAGUUAAAAUUUUUAAUGUAAAUUUUAAUGUAAAUAUAAUAUAAAAUAUAAUCUUUAUCUGUUUUUUAAAUUGUUCUUGCCACAUUAUUCAAAUGUAAAAAUUCUAUUCUUUUUAUGUAAAUAAUAUACUAAUUACUUUUCUCAGUGUCUCGAUAAUCCUUGAAAAACUGUUUAUUUUGUUUCUUAUUAAAUAUAUAUUUAUUUAGUUAGUUUCCAUGUAGAUAUAAACAAGGAAAAAAAUUUAUUUUACAUCAGCUUUUUUUAUUAUUUAUUCUACGCAUCAUUGUCAGCAAAGGUCAUAACUCACUUGAUCAUUAUGACCAUGAGAUAAAUUUUAUCAAACAUUUGCGCUGUCAUUUAAUUACAAACACUUGCAAGACAACUGCAUAUAUAUGUGUUUCAGUUUUCGCAUUAGACUGAAAUGUUUAGUGCAUUAUAGACUUGCAUGUCUAAAAGAUCUGUAGCUGAAUUUUAAUAUUCGCUUCGAUAGUUUUUUUGUAAUGAUGGAUACUUGGACGUUGCUUUUGAGUUUUUUAGUUUUUAUAAUUGUGUAUAUUUAUUUUCAAUCUGGGAAAGUGAAGUAUUUUGAAAAACAUGAAAUUCCACAUAUUAAACCAUGGCCACUGUUGGGAAAUAUGGGAGCAUCAUUGUUUCGGAGAAUUUCAGUGUUUCAUUACAUCCAAAAUGUGUAUAAUAUAAAUAAAGAUGCUAAAUACGUUGGUUUUUAUGACUUUGGUAGUCCAACUGUACUAAUACGUGAUCCAGAACUAAUUAAAUCAAUUGCUAUAAAAAAUUUUGAUCAUUUUGUUAAUCAUCGUUCUUUUGUUAAUCCCGAAGUAGAGCCACUUUUUGGUAACAAUCUUUUUUCAUUACACGAUGAUAGGUGGCGAGAAAUAAGAAAUCUUCUUACUCCUGCCUUUACAUCAAGUAAAAUGAAAGGAAUGUUUAAAUUAAUGUCAAAUUGUGCUGAAAAUUUUGUUGACUACCUUGUGAAAGAUUCAAAAGAAAAACCACUUGAAAUAUUUUCGAAAGAUGCAUUUUGUCGUUAUACAAAUGAUGUUAUAGCAACUUGUGCAUUUGGAAUAUCAAUAAAUUCAAUGAAAGAUAAAACUAAUGAUUUUUAUGUACUUGGUAGAAAGGCUACAAACUUUGAAGGAUUAAUGUCCGUAAAAUUUUUCUUUGUUCGGAGUUUUCCAAAUUUCUCAAGAUUAUUCAACAUAAGAAUAAUUGAUAGUAGAGCAGAUGGAUUUUUCAAAAAAAUUGUAGAAGAUACAGUACGUACAAGAGAUGAAAAAGGAAUCACAAGACCAGACAUGAUUCAAUUGAUGAUGGAGACAAGAGCCAAUAAGACUGGACCAACUCUUUCGAUAGGAGAUAUGACAUCACAAGCUUUCAUCUUCUUUUUUGGGGGCUUCGAUACGACAUCGAGCCUCAUGUCAUUCGUUGUUCACCAAAUCGCUGCUAAUCCUGAGAUUCAAGCAAAGCUUCAAAACGAAAUUGAUGAAAUGUUAGAAAGAACAAAUGGGGAUGUAACAUAUGAAGCUGUAAAUAGACUUGCAUAUCUUGACGCAGUCAUUAACGAAACACUCAGAUACUAUCCGAUUGCUGGAUUUCUUGACAGAGUUUGUUCGAAAAGUUUUGAAUUACCUCCAACAUUGCCAGGAGCAAAACCACACCGCCUUGAACCUGGUGAUUUUAUAUGGUUUCCAGUUUUUGCAAUUCAAAGAGAUCCAAUAUAUUUUGAUGAACCUGACAAAUUUUAUCCAGAUAGAUUUAUUGAAGACCCAAAAGGCACUUUGAAUUCUCCAGCAUACAUGCCAUUUGGUUUAGGUCCAAGAAUGUGUAUUGGCAAUCGAUUUGCAUUAUUAGAAACUAAAGUACUAUUAGUGCAUCUUGUUGCUAAAUGUCAACUCAAACCAGGUAAAAAAAUGAUUUUGCCACUUGAAAUUAGCAAGAGUAGUUUAGCAAUGGCAGCUAAAGGAGGGUUUUACCUGGAAAUUCAACCAAGAAAAACCCAAGAAAAAAAUUCGUGAUCGUCUGUGGAAGAUCGUUGAAGAUGUCACUUUUGCAGACUACAUCUACGACUAUAUAGUUAUAUAUAUCUACUAGCUGAUUAACCCGGCUUCGCUCGAGAUUAUUUUUACAAUUUUAGAGAUGUUAUCAAAUGAUUUAAAAAAUUAAUGACUUGCUAGCUCCAAAUAAUAAAUCUAAACAACACUUUAUGGUAGCAAAUAAAAGUCAGAAUUUUUUUCGAUGAAUUUUUUUUAAAUUUUUAUGCUAGUUUUUUUUUUUUAGAUAAUGGAUGUCAAAGUUGACAACUUUAACACAUAAGAAUAGGGGAAGAAUACACAUUUAUGCUUGUCGUUAAAAAAAUUUUUACUACUACUAUUUUUUAAUUAUCAGUCUGUUUUUCUUCACAAUACGGAUUACACACUGAAAACACGUUCCUGCUGCCGUAGCAGUAAAGUAGCAAAAUAGACUGCGAAGCGCUGAACUGCUGUAAGAGCAGUACACCCAACUUGGAAUUUCUGUACUGCUCUCAAAGCAGUACAGCACUGCUGCUGUAGCGGUAGACUUUACUGUUGAUGAGUUCAGGCGUAUGAGCGGUACAAAGAAUGCUGUAUGAGUAUGCUGUAAAGACUCAUUCGAUAAAUUAAAUGAUGUAUAUAUGUAUAUUAUUAAUAUUAAUUAUUAAUAAAUAUGAUUAUAUAUUACUAUUAUUAUUGAA